UAAAGUCUCGAUUCGUUCACUUAGCAUUAUAGACCGACUGUCUCUCCACGCGUUCAGUUUUAAUCGUGAAGUUUUCAAUCGAAUAAUGAAGAUAAUUAUAUUUUUAUCCUUAAUCGCAACAGUGGCAUAUGUAGCCAGGGGAUCAAGUGUGACGGUGCCAGAUGAGUGCCUAGAACCACAGUUCACAGGAUUAUGUGAGGCUCUUUUCUAUCGUUAUGCGUACAACCCAGAGAACAAGACUUGCGAAAAAUUCGUUUAUGGAGGAUGUGACGCCAAUCGCAACAAUUUCGUCACAAAGGAAGAUUGCGAACGAAAGUGUCUGCAGACUUAAGUUACAAUUUUUGUGAAGCGCUAAUGUGAUUGUAUCUCAACAUCAUCCAUUAUUUAUGAAAAUAUAUUGAACUUGCUGACCUGCAA